UGCCAGCAUUCAUAAUCACUCUGACUCUCGUACAGUGUUGAACGUUUUUUUCAAAGCCAAUACUCGUCACUAGAGCCACGAGCCAAUCUCUAUUUCUCCAAUUUAAAAAAAAAAAAGUGUUUUCUUUUUCGGAGUUAUUUGUGUAAUUGUGCCUUCACAUCAACUCAAGUGCCUCCUUUUGGAUUUACAUUCAGCAAAACAAUGCAAAUGCACGAGCAAAUCAUGAUUGUCGACGGACAGGAGCAACCAAUCUCGAGAACAUAUCAAUACCGCAAGGUGAUGAAACCAAUGUUGGAAAGAAAACGACGAGCGCGAAUUAAUCGUUGCUUGGAUGAAUUGAAAGAUUUAAUGGUGACAGCAUUGGCGGGCGAUGGUGAGAAUGUGGCAAAAUUGGAGAAGGCCGACAUCCUCGAAUUAACAGUUCGUCAUCUACAUAAACUCCAGAGACAACAGAGAUUAUCAGCAAAUCCAGUGAUUGAUGCCGAUCGUUUUCGUGCGGGUUAUACACAUUGUGCAAAUGAAGUGAGCCGUUGCUUGGCAGCGACGCCCGGCGUUGAUAUUGCAUUGGGAACAAAAUUGAUGACACACCUUGGACAUAAAUUAAAUUCAAUGGAUAAAACCGGACCAUUAACAAUUCAUGUCGCCACACCUCAAACAACAACAUCAAUUUCUGAUAGCAGUUCCGAUGAGUAUUCAAUGCCUUUGACACCAGCCUCAAGUCAACCAUCACCAGCAAGAUCAGAUGUUGAAUCUGCCUCCUCACAAACACAUCAUCAUCAUCAUCAUCAGGGUCUUCUUCGAGUUGCAAAAUCUAGCGAACCAGUUUGGCGACCUUGGUAGAAGAGAAUUUUUUUUCCCAUAUUUUUUUAUUUUGGGAUUUAUUGCAAUCAAAAGAAGAAACUAUAAAAAGGGAUUAGAAGAAGAAUUCCAACCUGGAGGCAAUUUUAAAUCUGUGAUUUGAGAAAUAGUGUAACUGUGUUGAAUUUCAAAUCAAAAUUAUAAUAGAUCGUCAUCGAAUAGGAGAAAAAAAAGCGAUCUUAGUGUUUAAAAGUUUUUUUUUUUUUGCUCAAGGACACUAAAGCGAUGAUCAACUUUUCAUCGCAAAGUAUAUAGAUAUUAAUUUUGUAUAUUUAAAAACAGAUCUCGACACGUGUAACACGGUCCACGCAUUUAAUAAGUGGGAUAAAGCUUUAAUUUACGCGACAGUUAGGUUUUAUCUAUUGUUUAUUUCAUAUAUAGAAACAUUUAUCGAGACUAUAUUUUUUUUUCCUCGUUUUUAUAGAGCAAAAAUUUGUCGUGCGCCUCAUUUUUAUACGUUCCAUUUCAAGUUUUAUUGUAAUCAUAAGAAUUUUUAUUUUUUUGUAAUAUUGUGCGCAAUGGAUUACAAAUUAUUUUUAAAAAGCACGACAAAAUUUUAUGCUAAAAACAUUGUUAUCCUCUUCCCGGUCAACGAAUUUAUUGUUCAAUGUUUAAAAAGAAGAAAUUAAUUUCUUUCAAUGUUUUGUAGAAAAAAAAUAUAUUUAUAUUAUAAAUAGGACCGAGAGAAGAUCAUGUGAUAGAGAAACAUGUACCUGUGAUAUUUACUUGUAGUGUACAUAGUAAAUGGUACAAGAUUUUUUAAUAAAAAAAAAAAGAUUACUUGAA